CUAGUUCUACAACAAGUUCUACAAUCAUCAUCCAUGUUGUGACUCCAUGAUGUUGUGUUGAGUUCUUGUGUUCUCCAUCUCUGGAGUUUCAGUUGGUUCAGUUUUCGGAGAUUACAAAAUGUGAAUAAUGUGAUUCGCCUUUACCAUCGUGCACUGUUUUUCAGUGCGAGCGAGCCAAAUUAUGUCCCUCAGAAGUUGCCUCGUCUUCUUGCGCGUGUCGAGGUUUUAUGAACACACAGCCGAAUGCAACACGUGAUGGCAGUUAUUCAUGAUUUUCUCAAUUUCUGCCGGUCAUGCAGAUUGGAAAUAUUCAUCGUGCUUAUCUUUACCACCUUCUUCUUCUCCUGGUGCCUAUUGAUUGCCUUUGAGGCUGAUGGAAAAAGCACCAGAAAUUUGGUUCAGCGCAGACAUAGAGAUUCACUCCACAAACUUGGGGUGAUAGUCCCUUUUCGAGAUAGAUUUGAUGAAUUACUUGAGUUUAUUCCACACAUGCAGUUGUUCCUAAAUAACCAGAGUGUUUGGCAUCAAAUUUACAUCGUCAAUCAAGUUGACGAUUAUAGAUUCAAUAGAGCAAGUUUGAUCAAUGCUGGGUUUCUAUUCUCCACAUCAAGUGCUGAGUCUUGCGAUUACAUUGCAAUGCAUGACGUUGAUCUUCUUCCGUUGAAUCAACAGCUGCGCUACUCGUUUCCCACCUCCGGACCAGUUCAUUUGGCUGCUCCUCACCUACAUCCCAAGUAUCACUAUCAGACCUUUGUUGGUGGAAUUCUGCUGAUUUUAAAAGACCAUUUUGUGCAAGUGAAUGGAAUGAGUAACAGAUACUGGGGCUGGGGGCUUGAAGACGAUGAAUUUUAUGUUCGUCUGAAACAAGGUGGUCUGACAAUUCAUCGCCCUGGAAAUCUAUCCACCGGUAUUAAUAACACCUUCAGGCAUUCUCACAAUUCAAGAAGGAAAAGAGAUCACAUAAAGUGUUUUAAUCAGUAUGAAAACACCCGCAAAAGAGACAGGGCAACUGGCUUGAACACGCUUAAGUACUCGCUGAUUUCGACGCACUCUCUCCUGAUGGAUAACUUGGCUCCAGUAACUGUUCUCAAUGUGCAGCUCUUCUGCGAUGAGAAGCUAACCCCCUGGUGUAGAUGUCCAGACAAGAAACCUGCGACUCAAGCAAGGAAGGGCAGUAUUGAAGUGCAUGGUGCGAUCUUGACAUUUCGAUGAACAGGUACAUGGACCAUCCGAUUAUACACCUAAAACGAUAAUCAGAAAUUAUAUGGACCAUCCGAUUAUACAUCUAGAACGAUAAUCAGAAAUGCUAUCACAAGAACGUGUUCAGGAAUAAGUAGUGCCCACAACCUGGAAAAAAAUGAAGUUUAAAAGUUACAGUCUAGUUAGUAACUGCUUAAAAUCGAGCGUCCGAGGAACAAUCUUAUAUGUUGCAUCAAUUUGCAAUGUGCAACCAGGUCUUAAAAGGAAUUGAACAUUGGCACUUGCGAAAAAAGCAAUGUUGCCAAAAUCACCUGAACGAGCCUGCAAAAAUUUCAUAUCACAUAGUGAAAAUUACUGAACAAAAUAAAGAAAGUAACACUGAUAGUUGUGCAGAAAUACAAUAGAAAAAUUUACUAGUACUCAAUGCCACUGCCAUGCUUUCCCUUCGAAAAGGUUUUGACUGUACGUAAACGAAUACCAUUCAAUAAAUGAAGACAAUUCACACCUUCAUCGCCUGCGUGUUGUUUUGCUCCUUGUCUUGGACUUGGGUCCGUUCUUUGUACAAAAUAAAUAAUUUCGAGGAAAACUGUAGGUAGGGGAGACUUGCACAAAAUGAAGUUUAAAAGUUACAGUCUAGUUAGUAACUGCUUAAAAUCGAGCGUCCGAGGAACAAUCUUAUAUGUUGCAUCAAUUUGCAAUGUGCAACCAGGUCUUAAAAGGAAUUGAACAUUGGCACUUGCGAAAAAAGCAAUGUUGCCAAAAUCACCUGUACGAGCCUGCAAAAAUUUCAUAUCACAUAGUGAAAAUUACUGAACAAAAUAAAGAAAGUAACACUGAUAGUUGUGCAGAAGUACUAUAGAAAAAUUUACUAGUACUCAAUGCCACUGCCAUGCUUUCCCUUCUAAAAGGUUUUGACUGUACGUAAACGAAUACCAUUCAAUAAAUGAAGACAAUUCACACCUUCAUCGCCUGCGUGUUGUUUUGCUCCUUGUCUUGGACUUGGGUCCGUUCUUUGUACAAAAUAAAUAAUUUCGAGGAAAACUGUAGGUAGGGGAGACUUGCAACUUAGCAAAAGGGGGUACGUUCCUAUUGUCUUUCGCCAUAUAUGUAUAAAAUCUUAUGGCAUUUCAUACCUAAGAGGACCCAUCUUAAAAUAUCAAAGCUCAGGAUA